AUGGGCGAGACACAGCCCGCCGACGACGGCCAGCGGGAGCCCAAGUCGACAGCUCCUCGCGGGACCCGGUUCUGGCUUGUGUUUGUCUCGCUGUGCUUCGCGUCCUUCGUCGCAUCCCUGGACAUAACCGCCAUCACCACCGCGCUACCCACGAUAACACGCGAACUAAACGGGGAAGAGAACUAUGUGUGGAUUGCAAACUCGUAUACGCUGGCCUCGGCCGUCGUCCAGCCGCUCAUCGGCCAGGUCUCCAACAUCAUAGGCCGUCGCAACCCCAUGAUAGCGAUGGUGUGUUUGUUUGCCCUGGGAAGUGGCCUCUGUGGCGGGGCAACCUCGACGGCCAUGAUGAUUGCAGGACGCACCGUACAAGGCCUUGGUGCCGGCGGCAUUCUCCUCCUGCUAGACGUUAUCGUGGGCGACCUCGUUCCUCUACGCCAGCGAGCACAGUAUGUCGGCAUUGCACUCUCGACCUGCGCCCUAGGAACCUCGUUGGGCCCGCUGAUAGGGGGUGUCUUGGUGGAGCAUGCCAGCUGGAGAUGGGUGUUUUAUAUCAACCUGCCAUUCUCGGCUCUGGCUCUGGUAUCUCUAGUCCUAUGUCUGAAUGUCCAGCAUCAUCGAGAGGCAACCUGGCGGCACGCACUCGCUCGUGUUGACUGGAUAGGUAAUGCCAUCUUCAUCGUUGCCAUCUGUGCUAUCAUGUAUGCACUAGUCAUUGGCGGUACAAUCUAUCCGUGGUCCUCCUACCACGUACUGGUUCCUCUCGUCCUAGGAGCGGUUGGCUGGGCAUUAUUCCAUGUGUUUGAAGCAUCGCCUUACUGCUUGGAACCUACCAUGCCUCCACGCUUGUUUCGCAACAGGACCUCCAUGGGGGCAUACGUUCUUGCCUUCCUUGGAGCCAUGUUGAUGCAAUGGGUUGUAUACUUUUUGGCCUUCUUCUUCCAAUCUGUCAUGGGCCAGUCUACCACCAUGUCUGGAGUUUCCGUCAUACCCUUCACCGGCUUCUUAAUUCCAUCUGCUAUUGCAGGCGGCAUAAUAAUAUCGAAAACAGGAUUCUAUCGCCCAUUACAUUGGGCUGGCUUUGCCAUCAUCUCCAUAUGUAUGGGCCUCUUCAGUACGUGGUCUAUCCGUACUUCCCGCGCCGAAUGGGUUACUCUACAGUGCCUCGUCGGGCUUGGAAACGGUCUCCUUUUGACUAGCAUUCUCCCCGCCAUCCAGGGAGCCCUCCCGGAGGCAGAUAACGCUACCGCAACUUCAGCCUACGCUUUCCUCCGUAGCUUCGGUUUUGUCUGGGGUGUUGCAAUUCCUGCUGUGAUCUUUAACGGCCAGGUCGAUCGCUUCCUAGGAAAAGUCCACAACGCUGCGCUACGCGACAAGCUUGCCCGUGGUGGUGCGUAUUCCCUCGUGGGAACACCAUUGCUGAAAAACCUGGGCCCAGAUGAAGGUGCGGUCCAGUCAGUUUACACGGAUAGCUUGCGGACCGUAUGGCAGGUUGGCAUGGCGUUUGGUCUGCUUGGUUUCGUCCUUGUCGGGGUACAGAAACAUAUUGAACUGCGAACUACAUUGGAGACUGAAUUUGGGCUUGAAGAAACUUCAGGCCAGAAGGAUGGGUCGGCAGAAGAGGGGUCCCAUACAUCAGCGGAGGCGCCGACUAGUGUGCCAACCCCCAAGCCGCAAUGA